UGGUAUCGUACGAAUUCAAAAAGGAAGCGACGAAUUAUUAUAUACAGUUUGGUCACUCGUUAUGGUCCGCGAAUCAGUUGCCAGCGCAGAGUUAACCUCUUGCGCUAGAAUGACGCACGUCGAGAAUUUUUUGUCCGAAAAUUGCAAUAUUUUCUCAGCAAAACAAAUAAUAAAUUUGUUACUUGUUAGUAAUAAUUUCUAUUCAGUGGUAUUAUACCGACGAUAUUAUUUAAAAAGGAAGCGACAAAAUUAUUGUAUACAGUUUGGUCACUCGUUAUGGUCCGCGAACGAGUUGCCAGCGCAAGAGGUUAAUGAAAUUUCAAAAACAGAUAAUACGUUA